UAUGACAAGGGUUCGCGAGGGCUCUCGGGCGCGGGCUUAUUCGUUGCCGAUGACCCUGACGCGUCAGGGGCCAGGUCGAGUCAGCCUCUCCCGCGGAAGACACUCAGCUCUGGGCAGAGUUCUGGCGCCGACGCGCACAGCAGCAGCCUGCCGUCCAGCUUCCAUCCGGAUUCCACCUCCCGCGCCAUUUCAAGUUCAGACACUGCUGGCUUGUUGACGCAACAUACGUUGUCGUCGCUCGAGGCACCGGAUGAGCAAGGUCUCGCUGAUCUGCCCAAGACCCUCUCCAGAUACGAGAGGAAGCUCAAGAAGUUUGUCGGCCAGUGGCAUGCAUCCCUCGUCAAGAAGGGCAUACCGGAGCAUCUAGCCUACGAGCUUGCCAAGCACUGUGUCCAGGCCAGUGACGAAGAAGAAGGCGAUUCGGAGACGGACAGCCAUGUCCCUCAGACCGACGACGAACCCGUCGUGAUACAGCUGGGCGCCGGUGCGCGAGCAUCGAAGCAGGGACUCGGCGGGGAUGACAAGCCAGCCACCCUGGUGGCGGCCCUACGAGCCAAGCUCGGCUGUGGCAGACUCAAGAACCAUCCCGAGGAGGGAGAUGAGGCUUUCGAUACCCUAGCCGUUGCCCGAAGGCUGCAAGAAAGGGACUUUGGCGGCAGACUAUCCUCGCAAGAGAUCUGCGUCAUAGGUGUCGCCGUCCUACAUGAGGUAUUCGGCGGCCGAGGCCAGAAACGCCUCGCCGAUGCACUGACGCACCUUUAUGGCAGCCACCCGCGACGCCAUCUCGCCGACCUCGACCGGAACGCAGGCAGGGUGGCGGACGAGAUCCGCAAGGGUGGCCCAGCGACACUAUCCAGCUUCACCCUACGUUGGGCCCAGGCCGUUCAGCACGACAGCCCCAACAUGUUGACGAUCGAUGACAUUCGACUGAUCGAUAUGAAGGUGUCGCUCGUCCGUGAAUGGGAUCGUUGGUCGAGCCCGGCCGCGACAGGGUCAAAUGGAGACAUCGAAGACUUCCUCGCCAGGAACGGAAUAGACGCCAACGCGGGGUUGACACUUUCAACAAGGAUAGCCAAGUAUCUCAGCAGGAAGCUCAGUCUUCCUGAAGGCACCUUGGCCAAGAAGAUCUAUGCCUGGCGACCAUUGACGGUGAUGGCAGACGUCUUUGGCGCCGGCAUUUAUGUCUUUGUCUCCAAGAGCCUCUUUACGUGCUAUAACAAGAUUCGUCCGACCGAUGGCAUCAAAAAAGAGGAUAAGUUCCGUGCCAUGGCGCUUGCUGUUGCAGACGAGCUUCCAGACCUUUUGGAGAUCUGCAAGGCAUCAUACAUGCAUGUCGUCCAGCCCGUCCUGAAGCCCCUUCCUCCUGGCAAUAGUAUGCAAGAUCUUUCCAGGGACGUAAGAGUGCCUGGGGUUAAGAUGGCUAUAGACGGUGAUCUAUACAGCUUGCAGAAAACGUCCAUCCCAGAACUGCUUGGUGUUUGUAUACCUCCAGCAGGUUUUGUAGAGGAGUUGGACAGUGUGACAGGGGGCGAUGAUGAUGCUGAGACGACACUGGUCUGCCGAAAGUCUACUCUUCAUGAACAUCAUGAAGAUGACAAAGAUAGUAACGGUGAUGAAAGUGGGGAAGAAGAGGAUGAGAAUUUAUGAUUGACACGAACCAAGAGUUUAAGAGGGGAUUCUGAUGUUUGGCAGGAGUGGGGCUCGAUUACAUAUGUGAUAGUGGGGCCUGGAUCACACAUGCGAUAGUGGGGACUCAAUCACAUAUGUAAUAGAGACAAACUUAAAAGAUAUAUCUUUAACCUGAAUCCUAAUACCUUAGCAUAAUUUCUUUAAAAGUAACUUAAGUACCUUAAAAAUUAAUAUUAAAGAGUUAUUUUAAUAUCUUCUUAUUUAUUUUUUAAGGUAUUUAAAUUAAAAG